CAAAAUUCCCAAAAUAAAAUUAACACUGCUUAGUGUUUAUAUAGGUCCACUCUACAAAAGCAGGGUUAAAAGCCACAAUCUGUGACUUUAUCCUCUCUAUCACCAUCUCUGAAACUUAAAAUUGCAUUUUACAUCUUACUUGUAGAGUUAUUUAUUAAUGUAGGUUUAGAUGUGGCUUUGUUUAAUUUAAAGUCACCAUUAUGGUGAUCGGUGUUUGUUUUAGUUAGACUCAAGUCGCUAUUUUUGUGACAUGUGACUUGACAAAAAAAGAAUACUUAAGACUUGAUUCAACUUGGAAGUUAAAGACUCGGGAUUUGAGACACGAUGACUUGAAUAAUUUGAGUGUUAAUCACAUCAAGUUUUUAGUUUGAAUAUAAAAUAUAUAAAUUAUUUAAAAAAAUUAAGUUGAUCCCAACUGGAGCGCAGGCUGAGAAUGGCGUUGGCAUUAAUGAAUCACGACAAUAUCAUCAGUCAUGCCCUCUCGUACCUUACGCACACCAUGCCCACUUAGAUCAGAUAUCAACAUGUCAGCCAGAAGGGUACAGAGGGUCAUCACUUUUGGCUUCAACAAGAUGGUAAAAGACGAACAGUGCGUCGCAAGACAUGCAACAUUAAAAUCACGGGCAGCCAGACAACAACCUCCAAUUUCUUCCGUCAUUUGAAGAGCCAUUCUGCCCAGUAAGUGCUUUGUCAAUUUGUUAAUCAAACAUUUGAUCUUUUAUUUUGCAGGUCAGCAGUAGCCUACUGUUAAUAAAUUGUUGUAGAAGUGUCUUAUAAAAACCCAUCAUUCUCAGUCUCAAAGAUCAAAGCUGAACUGUGAAGACACACAUAAAUGAUGGAGCAAGAGAACAUCUAUUGUAACAGUGAAUGUGGGAUUGACAGCAACUCCAUUAACCUGAGAGAUCUGAGCAAAGAAGACAUUUCCACCAAUACAAACACAGAUGACACCCAGAAACUCUGGAUGAAUUUCAUCCAGAAUGAAGGAGUUCGUUACAGAAGAAGCAGAUGGUUUGCGAUGGUUGCUGGGUUUAUUGGUCUCAUCUGUGUUUUACUGGUGGCUGCCAUCAUACUGGUGCUGUAUUUCCAUUUGACAUUAGAGAGAGACAUGACUGAGAUAGAAAAGCAACAGAAAAACAUUAGCUCUUCUCUACAUCAGAAUAAAGAGGAAUUUGAGAAGCAGGUCAACGUUUUGAGUGAUGCACUAAGGCAGAGUAUUUCUUCAUCCGGUUUUGUAGAAAUUGGGUCAAGCUGGUACUACAUAUCCAGUGAGAAGAGGAGCUGGUUUGACAGCAGGCAGUUUUGUAAGGAUAUUUGUGGAGAUCUGGUCAUUAUCAACAGUGAAUAUGAGCAGAGAUACAUAUCUUCAAUCGCCACGGACAGUGUGUGGAUUGGCUUGUCUGACAUAGCAAGAAUCAUGACAUGGGUGGAUAAUACAACACUGAACAAAGGGUUUUGGGACCAAGGUGAGCCAAAUUACAACCUUAGGAAUGAGUACUGUGUUGAAAUGAGUCCUUCAAAACAUAUCCUAAACAACUGGAAUAAUCUUCAGUGCUCGGAGUCAAGAAAAUGGAUUUGUGAAGUAAAAAAAUGAUUAUACAUAAGAUCAUAUAUAUUGCAUUUACACUAGUUUCUGAUAGAUGCCUCUGUCCUUUAAAACAAUAGUUUAUAUAUAAUCUGUUUUAAUGCUAUUCAUGUUGUAUAAUGUAAUGACGUAAAAAUGCAUGUUAAGACAAAAUGUGUAUAAAGGAAAAGGUAGAGAUAUUUUCAUUUCUGAAGGGGUAUGAUAGCUGUGCGUGAAGAAUAGACUGAAAUUGAAUACUCUGUUCUAGUUUUAAAGGGGUCAUAUUAUGACAUAUUUUUAAGAUGUAAAAUAAAUCUUUGCUGUCCCCAGAGUGUGUAUGUGAGGUUUAAGCUCAAAAUACUCCACAGCAAAUUUAUUAUAGCAUGUAAAAAUUGAUCAUUUGUAGGCCUGAGCAAAAGUGAGCCGUUUUUGGGUGUGUCGUUUAAAAUGCAAAUGAGCGGAUGAAGUGCAAACACUGAUCACAAUGAUGGUGAUUUGUUGUAAUUGAAACUCAAUUGUGCUGUCAAGUACUUUUUCCUUUCUCUCUUUCUCUCUGCACUAUGGCAGUGCUGUGGUUGGAUAUUGCAGAUAAAGGAGGCGGUAUUAUUGUAAUUCGCCUUACUACCUACCUCACAAAACAGGCAAAAUCUGAACGACCUAAUUUUUCACACGCUUGCAGAAAAUGGCUUACCCAAACAAAGUUACUGGGUUAAUCUUGAUUACAUUUUCUAGGUUGAUAGAAGCACUGGGGACCCAAUUAUAGCACUUAAAAAUGGAAAAAGUCUGAUUUUCACGCUAUGACCCCUUUAAGUAAAGACACAAAACAACCACAGAGUCGAUUUAAAGGGGCCAUGGCAUGAAAAUGUUAGCAUUGCCACUUUGUAGGUGUGAGCAAAAAUAGGUAAUUGAAAUUUGGCUUUCCUUAUGAUGUCAUAAGGAGAUCUUAUUAUAAUAAUACCGCCCCCUUAAUCUGCACUAUCCAACCACAGCACAGCCAUUUAGUGCAGAGAGAAAGAGAGACAGAGAGAGAGAGAGAGAGACAAAAUAAUUGACUGCACAAUUGAGUUUGAAUUGCAUUAACCACCAUCAUUGUGAUCAGUGUUUGCAUUUUAUCAGCUCAUUUGCAUUUUAAAAGACACACCCAAAACAACACGUUUUUGCUCAAACCUACAAAGUGGCGAUGCUAACAUUUUCAUGCCAUGGGCCCUUUAACAGUACAGCAGCCCUAUCUUUUGGACCAGAGAGAUUUAGCUUGCUUCUAGUGGCACAGUGUAACUCUUUCCAACUCUUCUGCUUUGUGUCAGUUUAUAACACUUUCAUUAUACUCUAAAAGUCUGCUUUCUAUUUGAAAAAAAAAAGACAAACUGUAAUCACCACUGCUAAUCAUUGUGUUUCUUGUACUGUAAUAAUUAAAACAGCUCUCUGGAGUAUAGUGCUGUGAUUUGUCAACUGAAUUAUCAAGAGCUAUCAUAUUCAGCACAUUACAUCAUUUUAAAACAUUUCAAAAUGUGCGUAACUCUUUGAAAACUCAUAGUGACCUGAGACUUAAAGUAAAGACAUCAAGAAUCAGAGUAUGAAUCUCAACCAUGGUGACAAAGAAAAUAGUAAAAAGUUCAUUAUUUAUCCAUGCUGCAGUGCAUGAUGGGAGUCCUGGAUGAGAUUUGUAAUUUGUUGAUACCCAGCAUGCAUUGCAGCAUGAAGUUUUUCAUUUUAUUGUCACCAUCAUUGUGAUUCAUACUCUGAUUCUUGAUGUUUGUGUGUCUACAUAUCAAACCGGUUAAUUUUAAGUGUCAGUGUUU